AUGAUUGUUCCGGUGGGUGACGAACCAAUUCACGUGUUGGAUUUGCCCCAGAUUUACCAAAAGCCUUCUGGGACCGAUCUUCUCAAGACUCUUGCAUUGCUCACACUGCAACCGCGGACUUUCGGAACCAGUGCAGAGGCUGUCAAGGGACCCUCAGUCCAGCCUGCGGGAGUGACAAGAUAUCUCACACAGAUUGUCUCUAGCUCACUGUCAUGGCUGGAGACCGAUGAGUUGCGCGAGGCCGUGUGGGAUGCAGCCGGAGCUCGCCUGAGUGAGCGGUCUGGUCGUGCAGUUGAUCGAUCUCUGAUUGACAAUCUCCUGAAUUUGCCCACAGCUAUGCCAGCCAUGUCGCGCAUUUUCAGUAUCCCGACUGCAACCGGCGAGGAUUUGACACUCACUUUACACGAACCAUCGCUCACGGAGGACAAUCUCGGCAUGAAAACAUGGGUCUCUUCCUAUCUGCUCUCUCGUCGACUCCACAGCCUUUACACCACCCCCCCAUCAUUGGUGUCCUCUGAGCUUGCAGAGCCAUCGAGCAAGACACGUACCAAGGCUCUGGAAUUGGGUUCUGGAACGGGACUGGUGGGCUUGUCUUUUGCUGCACUGAUGGGCGAGUCAGCUGUGGUGCACCUAACCGAUCUCCCUGAAAUUGUGCCGAAUCUGGCUCACAAUGUCGCUUUGAAUGUUGAGCUUCUCAGUUCAGCCAAGGCCGACGUGACGACCGGAUUGCUUGACUGGUCCGUGAAGCCCGACCCCCUUCCCGCCGCCGACGAGCGUUACGAUGUCAUCCUCGCAGCCGAUCCGUUGUACUCUCCCAAGCACCCGAAAUGGCUUGUAGAUACGAUCGAAUCAUGGUUGAGCAAGCGGCUCGAGGCCCGCGUUGUGGCCGAAAUGCCUCUGCGCGAUGCCUACCUUCCACAGGUGCAAGAGUUCCGCCAGCGAAUGACCGACAUGGGUCUGACAGUCGUGGAUGAGGGCGAGGAGGUUGGAUAUGAUGAUUGGGAAAGCUCCGAGGGCGAUGCACUUGCAGUCAAGUGUUGGUGGUCGGUCUGGGGCUGGAGCGAGCGAGUUUGA